UUAUUGUGUUUUAAGGUUAGUUUGAGUGAGAAGCGCUGCCACAUUCAAUUGUUGCUUUAGUAAAAGUUCAAAUCCUUUUCAUAUCUUAUUUCAUACCCCCGAUUAAUUUCUAUUAGUUAUUUUAACAAACAUCUCUAAAGGUGCAACAUACUAGAGUAGCUGGGCAGCCAGUAGGUCAUAUUCACAGAACUUUAAGGACUGUUUUUAAUUGAUUAAUUUAAUCCGUUCAGCUGUUUUGGAGAGGGUUCAUGUGUUCAUUCUCAUGUUCAGUUCUGUGUAACCAAAGAAGAUAUUUAUAAACAAACAAACACAGAAGUUCUUAAAAAAUAAAACAAAGGUAAAAGAAAUGCGUUCAGAAAAAAAAAAAGUGCUAGUAAAACGCUCAGUUUCUACUCACGCUCCACCUUUUUUUGAACUUGUGCACAAUUAUAUUGUUAAGGUGGUUUACCGUUUUUUAAAUAACCGUACAAAUGUGAUCCUGCAGACCUUCCUUGUGAAGUUAUAAGCAUGUUUUGCCUUGCAUGCGAGCGAACCUUUCUUGCUUCAGCUAAUUUACAUUUUCCAUGUGGGGGAAUUCAACUUUUUUUUUUCAUUCGGAGACAUUAGUAACUAAAGUCUUUCUUUCUACAAGACUGCUGGCAGCAACGAAUAAGGCAGAGGUUGCUGUGUUGCACUUCUGAGGGAAACCGUUGAAUUGGGGCAUUGUUUGCCUAGAUAGCAGGACUUUUUCAUUGUGAAAACGAGAGAAUGGUGUAAAAAGGCACCUUGUGUGCUGCUGCUGAUAGACCAUCGAGGCUAGCUGAAUAUCACGAAGAAAUCGGAGCAAUCAGUACCAGUCCCAUCAGUACUCACUCAGUCUCUUGGAAACACGGUUAGCUCAGACAUUCCUAUGCCGUGACACGGCACACAGUAAACGCCACUUCCACAGUUUAUCUGGCCAAGCUAUUGUACAUAGAGCUGUAGCUGGAACUCCCGCUUAACUUUCACUCACAGUAGCAAUAUGACCGUGGACCUCGCUCCACUCUGCAGCGUGCAAGUGCGAAUUAGGUGGUGCUGGAGCUGGAGUCAGUGAGAACACAUUCCAUAUCGCCACCAAACUUUGCCUUCCUUAGUUCAACGCACAUGAGAGAGGUUACCCAAGUCCUGGAAGCACACAAAGACAAACACUGAGACACAGAAAUGUGAACAGGGGCUUCGGUGACGUUCUGUUCCACAGUGCUCAAUGCUCAAGCAGAACAACUUGCCUGUCAAUAUUGGAAAGCAAAACAUUGAUAUGCAAGCUCUUAAAUCCGGAACUGCUUCCACCUCAGAAGAUCAGUCUUGCCUGCCAGAGUUUCACAGCUGUGGAAGUUGUAUUGCCUAUUAACAACACAUCUGCUUUGAGCUUGCAUGCUCUGUUAGCUGAUUAUGCAAGUUGAUUUACACCCAGUUUUUUGCUCCAUGAUAUGAAGGUUAGCGGAGAAAACCAGCGGAAUAUCUCCAGUCUAUGUGUUAGCAUGGCCUCUGAGGGAAUGGAUGCUUUGGGGCAGGGGAAAGUGAUAUCAGCUUUGUCAGCUGGGAACAAAAAUAGCUCAAAUGCUUCAAACACCAGGAGACACUCGGCCAAGCAAGAAAGAGGUCUCACUUCAACACUGCCGUGCCUUACAGAGUCAGAACACUACGAAUCUGCGUCAAAUAUUCUGCCACUGUCAACCAAAGCAGGAAUACCCUAUGACUGCCAGACAAGAGAGUUUUGGGGUGGCAAAACUGGGGAGUUGGGUUCCGUUGUUGACAUUGACAACCUACACUGCUGCAGCUCAAUGCAGAGAGACAGUACAGGCAGCUUCUGUUGCAGCCAGCUGUGCCAGACAUGUGAUCUACUGGUAGAAGGGAGCGUUUGCUUGGAGACUCACAUUCUUACAGAACUGGAGAGCACUGCUAAGCCCCUGCAAGAUGAGCUACAGUUGGGAAUGGAGAGCCUUUCCUCAAAGUUAGAUCAGUUUGUAGGGGAAAAGCCAGAGGAGAGCUGUGUGGCUGGAUCCAACAACCCAUGGGACUCGAACACCAGCCAGAAAAGGGAGAAGCAAUAUUCCUGUCUGUGUCGCAGACUCAAAACUAGCUCCACAGGACAGUGUUUACCAGUGCCAUUAGACUGUCCUGCUGUCCCAGAUGCUGACUUGAUAGGUGUCUGUGGCUGUGAUAUUGUGGACGUUACAAAAAGUUGCCCGAACCAAGAUAUGUUGCAAGGUUGUGUUCAAUGGGUUAAAGAUGGGUACUCAAGUCUGGAUAGACGCUGUAGGAAACACAAAUCCAAAUGCCCUAGUGAUGGUAGCAGCUCUUUUCAGUUCCGAGUGGCCCAUAAGCCAGCCACAAGUCCACAAAAUAAUGAGGAUAACAGUGGGGAAGAGUGGCCAGAGGAUGAUUUUUUCCGAAACAAGAAAGAACGCUCCACUCUACUAGUCAGGAGGUAUUAUAAAAAUAACCGGGAGGUGAAGAAAUCUGUUUAUACAGGCACAAGAGCUAUAAUGAGGACGCUGCCUUCAGGUCACAUAGGAGACAAAGCCUGGGAGUCUGUUUGCAAAAAAAGACAAAACAUCUUUGAGAAACACAUUAGGUCAGUGACUGAAAACAUCACUGUGCUUCAGGCUGGUGACCUGCAAUCGUAUGGGCUGCUCCAUUUCUUGGCCAAAUCUAAGGAUUAUGAGUUGUUUACACUGUCACAGGAAUGGCUGAGUGGUGACGUCAGGCCAGAUGCAGGAACAAACACAGAAGCAAGUGCUGCAGGGCAAAAGAUCCACAGUGCACUGAGAGGAGAAGGGGGGGAGGAAGCCCUUGAGAACCUGCUCCAUCCUUCUAGAAAGCUCCUGGCCUCGGCAGUAGCCUGCAGGAGAGGUGGAGGUUGCUGUGAUAUAAAGCCAUGUGUCCAUCGUGUGCUGCCUAAGUACCGCGCCACUCUCCAAAGAACGUCUGUCUCUGACCACAUCACCGGGGCUCUGCUAGAGGCUACUACAUCCAUAGGAGCACGGAGUGGGCUGCUGAACCUCAUAGCAGGAUUCACUGGCAGAGCAAUGCUAAAAGAACGUCAACUGGGCACAACGAUGGCUGGUUCAAACACUCUGCCCUCGAAUGUAGCUGGAAUCAGUAAGGAUCUGGCUGACCUGAGGCACCUUAUCCAGUUCCCUGAGGAGAUUGCCAGCAUUUUGACAGAGCAGGAGCAGCACCUGUACCGCAGAGUUUUUCCACUCGAUUACCUCAGCUUCCUGACGAGGGACCUGGGCAGUCCCGACUGCCAGAACCGGCAUCCUGUCCUUAAAACCUCUCUCUCUGCUCCUGCCCUCUCCAAAAAGAGUGGCAGCCACAACACCAUUGAGGACCUGGUCACACGCUUCAAUGAGGUGAGCUCCUGGGUGACCUGGCUGAUCCUGACCGCCGGCUCCAUGGAAGAGAAACGGGAGGUCUUCUCCUACCUCAUCCACGUAGCCAAGUGUUGCUGGAACAUGGGAAACUACAAUGCUGUGAUGGAAUUCCUGGCUGGGCUCAGGUCUCGGAAGGUGCUGAAGAUGUGGCAGUUUAUGGACCAGUCUGAUAUUGAAACCAUGCGAAGCCUGAAGGAUGCUAUGGCACAGCACGAAUCCUCUUCGGAGUACAGGAAGGUCGUGAACAGGGCUCUGAACAUCCCCGGCUGUAAAGUGGUGCCUUUCUGCGGAGUCUUUCUGAAGGAGCUCUGUGAUGCUCUGGAUGGGGCUGCCAGUCUGAUGAAACUCCGUCCUCACUUCAUCUCUCAGGAGGAAUCUAUUGAGUUUGUCACAGACUACAAUGGGCAGGACAACUUCUUCCAGCGGGUUGGGAUGGAUGGUCUCCACAACACUGAGAAGGAGGCGACUGUCAGCAACAUCCUGCAGACCAUUCGCAGCUGCAACCGGAGCCUGGAGUCCGAGGAGGUGGACGAGACCAUCAGCGAAGGCUCUGGGUCACGCAAGAACUCCUUUAAGGACAGGAGCAAGAACCAAUUCACAGUGGGAGACCUGUCCGAUUCCGAGGGAGACCUGUCUGAGCAAGCGAAGGAUUAUGACUUUCAAGGAACGGAAGAGCAGCAAAAAGCUUUCAGCCAUGGGACAGAACUUGUCCCCUGGUACGUCCUGUCCAUCAGGGCUGACGUCCACCAGUUCCUACUCCAAGGAGCCACAGUCAUUCAUUACGACCAGGAAGCCCACCUCUCGGCCCGCUGCUUCUUGAAGCUGCAGCCCGACAACUGCUUCUUGACUUGGUCGAAGCCGAUGAGCUGCGGUGGGGAGCUCAGUCAUUGCAAGCCCCAGUUCUUUGGACAAGUUGCACUGAAUGGAUUGGCUGAUGGGUUCUUGGACUUGUCCGUGGUUAAGGCUGUUUACAUGGGCCACCCCGGAAUGGACAUGCACGCUGUUUGCGUUCAGAAUAAACUGUGUGACAUGACCCCUGAAGAGAAUGGGGUGACACUGCUGUAUGGGCUCCACACUACUGAUAACAAGUUGUUGCACUUUGUCGCUCCGAAGUACACUGCCAGAAUGCUAUAUGAUGGACUGCUGGAGUUAGCCAACGCUGUGAGGAAGAUGAAAAGGUUCCCUGACCAGAGGCUUCAGUGGCUAAGGAAGCAGUAUGUUUGCUUGUACCAGGAAGAAGGCCGUUAUGAAGGUCCAACGCUGGCUCAGGCGAUUGAGCUGUUUGGAGGCAGGCGGUGGAACGCGAGGAACACAAGCACAGGGACUUUGAGCAGAGGCUCAGAGAAACCCAACAUACAAAGAAUCAGCACGACAAAGAAGAAAAAAAAAGGACUUAUGAGGGGGGACAGUGGAGAUGCUACCGAUGAUGAAAUGGCGACUCGGAAAACAAAAAGCUGUAAAGAAAACUCUGGCAGGAGUGGUUCUGAUCUUCUGGACUUCAGGGAGCAGGUUGAACCAGAGGAGAAUACUGCAAUGGGUUUUCCUGGAUCCUAUCCCCUACCGUCAAGAAAAGCCAACUCCCUCACGACCGCUGUCUCUCCUAGCAUGGCAGCCUCCACCACCCCUGCCAGGCCUGCUUCUUCUCCUGUCUUGUCUGCUGCUAAUAAGAGCCAGCCAUGCACCUGGAGCAGUCGCAGCUGGCAUGGUCGAGGGAAAGGAAGCUUAAAAGGCUUUCAGAACCUGAUGAUAUCCGACAGCAACAUGAGCUUCACUGAAUUUGUGGAACUUUUUAAAUCGUUCAGCAUUCGAAGUCGGAAGGACCUGAAGGAGCUAUUUGAUAUCUAUGCUGUGCCGUGCAAUCGCUCAGGGUCAGAGUCUGCUCCACUCUACACAAACCUGACUAUUGACGACAACAUCACUGGGUUACAGCCUGACCUAGACCUCCUAACCCGUAACGGAUCUGAUCUUGGCCUCUUCAUAAGAACCAGACAACAGAUGUCUGAUAACCAAAGACAGAUCUCAGAUGCGAUCGCUGCUGCCAGCAUUGUGACCAAUGGAACUGGAGUUGAAAGUGCAUCGCUGGGAGUGCUGGGGAUUGCCAUCCAGCAGCUCAACGACUUCCUGGUGAACUGUCAAGGAGAGCAUCACACCUAUGAUGAAAUCCUCAGCAUAAUCCAGAAGUUUGAACCCUCUGUCAACAUGCGCCAACUGGGAUGGAUGUCUUUUGAGGGUUUUGCAAGGUUUCUGAUGGACAAGGACAGCUUUGCCUCCAAAAAUGAUGAAUCUCAAGUGAACGAGGAAGACCUGCAAUACCCCCUUUCUUAUUAUUAUAUUGAAUCCUCGCACAACACCUACCUCACAGGGCACCAGCUUAAAGGGGAGUCCUCUGUGGAGCUUUACAGUCAGGUGCUGUUGCAAGGCUGCAGGAGUAUUGAACUGGACUGCUGGGACGGAGAUGACGGGAUGCCCAUUAUCUAUCACGGACACACACUCACUACAAAGAUCCCAUUCAAGGAUGUUGUAGAAGCUGUCAACCGCAGUGCUUUUGUUAACUCAGACCUGCCUGUCAUCUUAUCAAUCGAGAAUCACUGUUCCCUGCCUCAGCAACGCAAGAUGGCAGAAGUCUUUAAGUGUGUGUUCGGGGACAAACUGGUGACUAAAUUCUUAUUUGAGAGUGAUUUCUCAGACGAUCCACUGUUGCCAUCACCACAGCAACUAAAAGGAAGAAUUCUUCUCAAAAACAAGAAGCUAAAAGCACAUCAGGCUCCUGUUGAUAUUCUGAAACAAAAGGCCCAUCAGCUGGCACAUAUGCAGGCCCAAGCAAGUAACGGCACUCCUGCAAGCAGUACACCUGGGAAUAACGAAGAAGAAGAAGAUGAGGAGGAUGAAUACGAUUACGACUAUGAGUCUCUGUCUGAUGAUAACAUCCUUGAUGAUCGACCAGAGGGCAAGUCAUCCACCGAUAACUUUCAGUUUGAAUACAGUGAAGAAACCCCCAAGAGAACCAAGAAAGCAUACAGCACUGCUUGCAGCAAAGGAAAGAUUUUCGAUAUGGAACUUGGGGAAGAGUUUUAUCUUCCACAAAACAAGAAGGAAAGCAGACAGAUUGCUCAGGAGCUUUCAGACAUGAUAAUAUACUGCCAAGCUGUCAAAUUCCCAGGCCUUUCAACUCUUACUCCAUCUGGAUCUGGCAGAGGAAAAGAGAGAAAGAGCAGGAAGUCCAUCUUUGGAACCAAUCCUGGUAAAAUGAGCCCUGGGGAAUCCAUGACAUUGGUCAGAGCAUCUGGAAAAGGCUCUUUUGACCCCAUGCGGCUGAGUUGGGAUGAGCCCUCUUCACCCCCAUUUAACCCCAACACCUGCCUGAGCGCUAUCAUCCGGACACCAAAGUGCUAUCAUAUCUCCUCUGUGAAUGAGAACGCUGCCAAGCGCCUGUGCCGGAGGUAUUCUCAGAAGCUGAUUAAACACACCACCUGUCAACUGCUGAGAACCUACCCGGCCGCCACUCGCAUCGACUCCUCCAACCCAAACCCGGUCAUGUUCUGGCUCCAUGGCAUUCAGUUGGUGGCUCUUAAUUACCAAACAGAUGACCUCGCCAUGCACUUAAAUGCAGCAAUGUUCGAGACAAAUGGGGGUUGUGGGUAUGUGCUGAAGCCACCAGUUCUGUGGGACAGGAACUGCCCAAUGUACCAGCAGUUCUCCCCAUUGGAACGAGAGCUGGAGAGCAUGAGUCCGGCAGUAUAUUCUCUCUGGAUUAUCUCUGGUCAGAAUGUGUGUCCCAGUAACACGUCAGGCAGCCCCUGCGUAGAAAUUGACGUGCUGGGGAUGCCUGCGGACAGCUGUCACUUCCGAACCAAACCCACCCACCGCAACACCCUGAACCCCAUGUGGAACGAGCAGUUUCUCUUUCAUGUCUGUUUCGAGGACUUGGUUUACAUCCGCUUUGCUGUGGUCGAAAACAACAGCUCAGCAAUCACUGCCCAAAGGAUAAUUCCUUUGAAGGCUCUAAAAAGAGGGUACAGGCACUUGCAACUGAGAAAUCUUCACAAUGAACCGCUGGAGAUCUCAAGUCUCUUCAUUUACAGCAGGGCAGAAGAAAAUUCCAGUGGAAACAACGUACCUGCUUCAGUGGUGUUCAGUACAGAGGAGCGGCGAGCUGCAGCCCUGUACAAAGUGACGGUCCAUGGCACCCCAGGUCCUGAACCCUUCACUGUCCUCUCUGUGAGCGAGAAGACCACAGCCAGACAGCUUCUUCACAAAUUACUCUCUUCAAAGACAGGCUCAGUUUCGAAUACCCUGGGCUACUUGUUGGUGGAAGAAAAAGUGUUUCUGUGCAAGGAGAAGAGCGAGUGCAAGAAGCAGCCGCUUCAGCGUGUCAUCGGGGCAGAGGAGGAGGUUGUAAAAAUCCUCAACAGCUGGUUCCCAGAGGAAGGCUAUGUGGGAAGAAUCAGCCUCAAAACCAAGGAGGAUAAUCUCAACCAGAGGAACUCCAUCAUGGAGGUGGUAGAGGAAGCGAAUAUCAGCGCAGAAGAGGACAGUUUCUUUGUUCAGGUGCAUGAUGUUUCUCCAGAGCAGCCUCGCACAGUCAUCAAAGCACCUCGCUUCAGCACUGCACAGGACAUCAUCCAGCAGACACUAAGUAAAGCCAAGUAUUCGUACAGCAUCCUGACCAAUCCCAACCCCAGUGACUACGUGCUUGUGGAGGAAGUCACAAAAGAGCCUGUAAACAAGAGAGCGUCAACCUCCAAGCCGACCCAGCGCAUCCUCUUUGAUCAGGAAAGUGUCUAUCAAGCACAGAGCAAGUGGAAGGGGGCAGGCAAGUUUAUCCUCAAGCUCAAAGAGCAAGUCCAGACCACACGGGACGAUAAGAGGAAAGGUAUUUCUUUUGCCAGUGAGCUCAAGAAAUUCACCAAAUCGGGCAAGCAGAGUCGGAACCCCUCAGGGCCAGCUCAGACGACGCCCCCAGAAAGUGGUCAGAGUAAGGAUGAGAAAGCUGCAUGUGGUGUGCCCUUCAGUGAGGUUGCUGAGUAACAUCCCUAAGUGCUUGCAUUGAGUCCCAUUCAGGUUGGUGUCCUGAGAGACUCAAUCUGCAAGUCAACACCCCUGCCUCUUCCACGUGGUCUUUCCCCCUGCUCCGGAACUGGAAAUUGCACAAAUGAUUCCAGGAUCGAGACAGUUUUUGGGAAAUUCAAGUCAGGAAUGUGUGGGUACAGGUUGAGCAGCUCUGAACCCCUCAACCUUUGGAAGGAGCCCAUAGUCAGGUUACUUUGGAAGAUGGAUUGCAGGGUGUGUAGAGCAGAGUAUUUUUAAAUAGGGGUUUUACUGUUGAUAGACGAAUGUGGCAGUGAAAUACCUGGUGGUGACUGCACUACUUCUCUCUCUGCGGUUGGUAUCACUGUCCAGCCCAGUGGAGUACAAUAUUUUAAAAAUACCCAAUUGAUCAAGGUAACUGCAUAUCCCAGCUUUGUGCGGUCCUCCAAUGGGUUACCAAAAAAAACCCCAGCCCCCUCUCCUGUCCCACUGGUAGAAGGGGCAAACAACAAGCUGGCUUGUUAGAAUCCAUUGGGAUGCUUUGGUUUUGAAAGGUCCUGUUUAAAGAUUUUUAACUGAUGUUUUGAAUGCCUUCGAGUAACACCGAGUUACGUGAAGCACUUUGAAACCAAUUCAUAAAUUGUGAAACGUGUUGCACUUUGACAUAUUGUCUUUUGAAGCUAAUAUUAAUGUCUUUUGAUGUGCUUGAUAUUUAUGUGGUACCGCAUAAUUAAGUAUUAAAUCAAAUAGCAACUUUGAUGUAGAAGUUAAAUUGGAUAUCAAUCGUCCGAUUCUAAUUGUAGCUGCUGUGUGUAUAUGUGAUAUUAUGUGGAAUAACUCCCAAUAGUCCUCUAUGUUUCAGAAAAUUAAAAGUUUUCUGAGUCAAAAAAAGUGAUGUGAAAGUUAAACUUAAUACAUUACAAAGCAAAACUAUUAUAUUGUAGUUUUAGGGAUGGUGCAUGGAAUUGGAACAUUUUACUUUUCUCUAGACAAAGAAAUUGUGAUGCUAUUCAUAUUGUCUUGAAUGAAGAACCUCACCCAUGCAAUCACACUUCUCAAUAUUAAAACAAUUAAAAAUAAAAUAUAUAUAUAUAUAUAAUUAGACCUGACAGAACUCAAUAUUCUUUCUGUUUCAAACUAAACUGUUAUGGUAGUCAGAAAUUCUUUAAACAUAUCCUAUUUCUUUCAGCCAUUUAUAAAAUGCCAGAGCGAUAUUUAGGACAGAAAAAUAUAUAAGCGCCCUCAUUGCAAAUCCAUGCACUGUCCCUUUUUUGGUUGGUAACAUGUACAAAAUAACUCCAGACAGAAAGCUGAUAAAACAAUUUGCAAUUUAAAGGACAGAAAAAUUCAAGAUAUGUACACAAAAGUAUUGUAGAUUUGUGAAUGUUUAUAUAGCACUAUUUCAGGUGAUAUUAUGUAAAUACAUUGAGCCAGUUUUAUGUCAGUUAGAAGAAUGUGUUAAUAUUGUAUAUAUUAUUUCUAUUCUAGUUGUUUAUUUUUUCUUUUGCUAGUGAAGGACGCUAUAUAUACAUAUAGUGGGAUUGUACCAUUCUGGAGUUUCAACAUUAAUCAUGUGUUUUGGGAGUUCUUGUACUAAAAAUAAAUAGUCUGUUAGGUGCAUUGUAAAAGAUGUUCAAAGAAUGCAGGGCCGGUGCAUGGGUGAACAGAAUAGGUGUGUUCAUCCAGUAUCAGAGCUUGAGGACUGGACUUUGCAGUGGAAAAAACCAAAACAAACAAUGAUACUUUACCAUUUUCUGUUGCCAGCAUCUGUUUUCUGUUCCAGUAGUUCUUGACUGCUUACAAUCAGCUAUUUUGUGCCUCAAAAGCGUUUUCAAUAGAAAUCACUGCAGCCCAACAGCUUACCUUACUACCCAUCUAGGGAGAUAGAUGUCUCUUUAUUGCGAAAUUCCAGAGAAAACAUUUGAACACAUUGGUAAUUGGAUCUUCCUCUGACUUCUACUAGUACAAAAAGAGAUGCUAACAUGGAAGCUUUGUUUUACUUCUAGUUCACAACCAUCUUUUGCUUGUUGCCCUUUUUUGAUUGAGACUUAUUUAGGAAGGAUACACUAAAGACAGUUUUGCUAACCUUGGCUCAACGUGUACAUUUAAAUAUAUAAUGCAGCAGUUACUGUCUUUCAUGCAAUAGCUUGUACUGUUUUCUAUCACAAGUGCAUUUUAUAAGAAUUUUAUAUAUUCUUAAACAUAGUAAAAUUGAAAAUGUAAAUUAGAGAGAUCUGACUGGUCCUUCUACUUUUUUGAAUUUGUGGUUAAUUGUAACCAGUGCUCCAGAUAAGGUCUUGGGUCCUUAAGCUUAAACACUGCGUAAACUGUAUUUUGGUUGUGUAAAAUGUAACAUUUACAUUGAAGUCAUGAGUACUAACAUUAAAUACAGUACAUACUUUAAUGCUAACUUAUGGGGUAUACAUUAACUACAACCUUACAUUUGAACUGUUAUGUUAAUUUGAACUACUUUACAAAAACUUUAGUCCUGCCUUAAUAAUAUUAGUCUGAGUAGUUUCAAGUGUGGUUUUUAUUUAUGUAUUUAUUUAUUUGUUUAAGUUGAAAACCCUAAUUUAUUGGUCAUGUGUCUCUGGCAAUUCCCAGGCAGGCUACAAUUAGCUGCCCCAGCAUUCUCUAGCUACCACUUGCAGUAUAUUAACAAAUUAACAUUGAGACUCCGGGAACCAACAAAGUAUAAGAAGCUUGAUAACAUGCAAACUGAAGCUGUGCAGCAAAAUUGUCAUGCACAUUCUUUACACAUAAAAUGUAAACAUUUUUUCAAUGCAUAAACACGCAGUACACAGCUUAUCUGGAGCGCUGAUUGUAACAAUUUUAAUUCAUAAAAAGGGACAAUGACUUUGUAUUUGUUGUCCAUAAAUUCUUGAACGAGGCUAACAUUUAAGCACUGCAUAUGCCGGCUGUGUAAGUGGUAUAGCUUUGUUUGUUUUUAAAGUGGCCUUGUCUCACCUGCUUGGGUUAGCCUGUCAUGUGAUAUAAACUACCUGGUGCAGAAUCUGAAUGUAUCAUGUCACAGUGUUUGUAAUGCAUGGUUACAAUGGCACACAAGCAUUCACAUUUUUAUUUUACAAAAAGAAAAUACUAAUUGUCAGUGCCGAUAACAAAAUACUUGAUGAAACACAUUAAAAUACAGUUCAUCGACUGUAUUAUUUUCAUUUUACUAACCUGCUAAAACCUAGAAAGCUACAAACUAUACAUGGAAACACAAUCCGAUUUAAGUUAUUUUACAUCAGAGGCUUGGUUGGCAAAAUGUUGUUUUCAUAGAUGUGGAGAUAGCUCAUAUGUACUUGGUCAUCUGUUUUACUGCUAAAAGGAAUGAUUAUACAAUAUAAUGUAUUUGUCUAUUUAUAUAAUCAUGCCAUCAAAGCUGUUUCUUUAUAAACUCAUUCAAAUCUGUGUGUUUACAAACAAACAGUGGCUUUUUAUUUUUAGUGUAUUACUACUUUUUUCAACAAUUUCUGUUGAUUCAUUGUGUUACAGGAGAUUGUUAUUGUGUAUUGCAUGUGCAUUUUUAGAGCACACAUUUCUUGACUUAAAACUAUGAAUAUGAAUUUGUGUAUGAGAUUCAUCAUGUUCCCUUUGCUUUAUUUCUGUAUACCAUGUCAUAGUUCUAUUUGUCUACAAUGGCAGUCACAAACCUGUUUUCUAUUGUAUGUGUGUCAUAUUUUUUAAUGUGAUAUUUAUGUUACUAUAGAUAAAAGCUCAAAACUCGGCAGAUAUAUUUUGGUUCAUUAGAAAAUGGCAGGAUGUAAAUUAGUUUCUGACUAGAUUGUUUUGGUAUGAUUAAAGCGUGCCUCAGUCCCAGUUCAUCACUUUAGAUUUACUGCUCCUUCUUAAAUACUGCAGCUUUGUGCUUUGAAGUUGAGUACCGAUUAAAAUCAAAUUAUAUUAAGAACAAAGAACUGUAUUUCUUCUUAGAUUUACUUUAUAUGUCUUUAAAAAAUGUGAGGCAACUUUUAAAAUCUUGCCUCUCUCUAACUGUAGUAUUACAUUCUGUCUGUAUGUAUUGUGCUGAACUGUGUUUAUUUAUAUGUAAAAUGACCUGUUUUAUAGACUACUUUAUUUCUAUUGACUUGAAGGAAAGCAAAUCAUAUUGGUACUAGAGAAAAUAAAUAAUUUAUGAAAUGCA